GCUUUCAACUGUAGUUUGCCAGCCUGUGCCAGGAGAGAGGUUCGUUCGCGACAAUCCAGGAUUUGUUUACGUUCACCGUCAGCUGGGCCACGCUGGACCAAGUUUAGGACAAGGACAAAAUACUAGAAAGCUUCUCCCUGCACCGAGCACCGCCAAGCAGCACCAGAGGGGCACGUGUACGUAAGACCAAAACCAGCAGAUCUUCUGGGUGGCUUUCAAGACUCCAGCUUGACCUUCAAGACACUCAAGCACACCAGGAUCUUCCUCCAGGAGACAGGACAACUCACCAGAAUCUGACCAGCUAACCUAACCUUUAGGGGACUAGAGGUUGUGGCACUAUAGCCUAUAUGACCCCAUUAAAUCCCCAAUAAGAAUAAGAACAAAGUGAAAAACUAUUACCACCAAGAUUCUAUACUAUUUCCACUGAAAGGAUGUUUCAGCCACGGCCAUGUGGGUGUAAGGGCCAGAGGACAUGUUUGCUGUGUGAGAAAGAGAUGGGAGAGCAAGUGAUGUCCUCCUGGGUCACGCAUACCCAGAAGGAACAUGCUCUUGUUUACUGUCCUGAGUGUGAUCUGGCCUGGCCUGGCUGGGAUACCAACUCCUGGAAGUGUCACCCCAAUCACCAGGGAGAAGGAAGAGUGUUUCCAGGAGUGAAAAUAAUUCAGAACUUUAUAUCUGAGGAAGAAGAAAGAACACUCAUGGAUUCCAUUGAUGAGGUGCCUUGGGAUUUGUCUCAGAGUGGCAGAAGGAAACAAAAUUAUGGACCAAAAUGUAACUUCAAAAAGAGACGUGUAAGGUGUGACACCUUCUCAGGCUACCCAGCCUUCACCAAGUACAUACAGGACCGCUUUGCCAUGGUUGAUAUCCUCCGCAAUUUCCAGACAGUGGAGCAGUGUUCCCUUGAGUACUCUCCAGAGAGAGGUGCAUCCAUUGACCCACAUAUUGAUGAUUGCUGGAUAUGGGGUGAGAGGAUACCAACACUCAGUCUGCUACUUGACUCUACUCUCACCUUAAGAAAAUUUAACGGCCCUGAAACAAAAUAUAAUUUAGUGGACCGCAAAACCUACCCUUCACAAGUGGAAGAUGGUAGGGUUAAGGGAGAUGGCACAUUAGGUGAAGAGUAUGCCAAACUCCAAACACAGACUGGUGAUAUCCAAGCAGGUGACAAUGCUGAGGAAAAAUACUCAAGCUUGAUGUCACAACCAACAGGGUGCUCAAUGCCAGAUGUGGUGCGUGUACCCAUGCCUCGACGCUCCUUGUUGGUGCUGUAUGGGCCACCUCGAUACGACUGGGAACAUGGGAUACUGAGAGAGGACAUUCCUUCCAGGAGGGUGUGCAUCACAUACAGAGAAUUAACACCCACCUAUCUCCCUUGUGGCCCAAAAGCUAAAGUGGGUGAGGCUAUCCUGCAGGCAGGGAAAGUGUUCUGGGACCACCACAGUUAUUACUCACUGGAUCAGGAAGGUACUGUUGAAACGUGACCAAAGUGACACCUCCAUAGAACAGUGAGAGGAACUUAUGUAAAUGUCAUGCUACCACUUGCUCACGUUUUAAUCAUGAACUUCAUUUUUAUAAAACUAGAACAAUAUGAAAUGUUCUGGUAAAUCAUUUUUUUAUUGAUAAAUUACUUUAUAUAUAUAUAUAUAUAUAUAUAUAUAUAUAUAUAUAUAUAUAUAUAUAUAUAUAUAUAUAUAUAUAUAUAUAUGGAGAGAGAGAGGGGGGGGAUAAUUUUAUUAGUUCACAUGGCUGUGUUAAAUCCUGUUCUAUGUAUGACUGUGUUUAUUGCAAUUAGUAAUCUUUGUUUUUUUCCAGUCACAUCACUUAUGAUGUAUCAUGAAUGGAAAGUCUUGUACGCAUUUAUUAUAUUACAGAUGGAGUGAAAAGGUGAAAUGUGUCCCUUAUCACAAGAUAAUAAUUAUACUCUUUUUCCAAAAUUAAUAUAUAAUUUUAAUGCAUCCACCUAAUAUCAUUCGCUACAUUUGCAAACAUUAUAUAAAUCAUAAUGUACAUCUCAACAACCUCCAUAAAAAUAAACAAAUCUUCCCUAAAGAUGCCCUUACUGUACACCUUCUGUAUCAUAAGCUAUGAAACUUGCAAACUUUUUAUAGCCUGAUAUCUAACUUUCCUUUCUCUAUCUGCCCUUGAGCUUCAUGCUUUUAACUCACUCUGCAGUGGAAUACAAAGGGAUAGAGCUAAUACACUUCACCACUAUGGGAAUAUUCAAUCAGCUGGAAGGCAUCAGUUAAGCUAAGAGAGGCAGAAAAACAGGCAGAGGGAAAAGUCAUCCUUACACAGGGAAUCAAAAGGAGCCAAGGAGAAGCUUUUGCCACAUACAAAGUGCAGGUUAUCAUGAGGCUUCACUGUUUUGUUUUUUUUUUCUCAGUAUAUUCAAUAUUACAUUGUUUAAAAAUCUGAGGGUAAUUUCUGGAAAGCAUAAAGAACAGUUAAUGAAAUAUUUACCACUAUAUGCUGGUAAA